AUGUUGUCGCUCCUUUCUUGCAUUCUCUCUCACCCUCAAUGUUGUCAUUCCCCGCAUGCCUGGUUGCAUAUGACGCUUGUCUGGGAGGUGUCCAAAAAGCCCGUUUCGCGUGACGAUGACGACGGUGUGAUUGCAAUGCCCCAAAAUGCAUCCGCCUCAAAGGUCCGUGUCUCCAGCGCAGGCCUUCAACCCGAUCCGAGUCACUCCGACCUGCGUGGCAGAAACGAGGAUGCCUCGGUAGCACAGCUCGCGGCCGGCCGAGGCACUGUUCACGAAGCCAGGCGAUUAGUGGCAAGACACUUUGCAAACCUUUCCGCACCAGUGCGCUGA